UCCCAAAGGGUCAUCACGUUUCUGGUAUUUAGUUAUUGAGGGUUCCUACUACUGAUGCAAACAAGCGUGGCGGCAGUCUUCUAAGUACGAAGUGAGUGACUUAUCUUAACGGUAUUAAAACAUUAAUCCCCCCCUGUGUUCUCGUAUUUCAGGGAUGCCUCUCCCCAGCAUUUGGCCCCUGUGCAGAAGGUUUUGCCGGGACUGAGAAAGCGUCAGCAGGAUGGGCAACGAGGACGCCCUGGAGGAUGUGUUCGUUGCCGUCAUCCGCCCAAAGAGUCAAGCCAGCCUGAACUAAAAGGAGUACAGAACCAAAGCCUACGAGAUCGUGCUGAUCGAAGUGCCUUUGGAGGGCAAGGAGAAGAAAAGAAAGAAGGUCCUCCUGGCCACAAAGAUCACUGCAGCAGGAGACAAAUCCAAAUCCAUACUGGAUUAUGUUGACAAAACCAUCAGACCGAUAUCCAACAACCAAGGCUUCAUAGGAAAGCGUGUGGUGCAUAUGAAGAAAUUCCCUCUUGAUGGCAAAAAUGAAGGAGAGGAGGCGUCGCUUUUUGUUGUGCCAGUCAGCGCUAAAGACAACAGCAAGCCAGUUUACAGCGCCGGGUGCCCGAGCUUCUACUGCUUCCAGGACAUCAUGCGGGUGUGCAGCGAGACCAGCGCUCACUUCUGCCCCAUCACCUCCAAGAUGCUCCUGGUUUUAGACAAGUGAGGAUGCGUUCGAAAAACACGGCGUUCUCGGACGAGGCCUUCGGGGGAACACCGAGCCUUCAGACCGGCCCCCGUCGAGCGGGUGAAGACUAAGGUCAGCAACCCGGCCUACAGCAGCGAGGGCAAGCAGAGCAAGGACGGGCUGCACAUGGGCUACACUGCUCUGGAGGUCAAGAGCAAGAUGAUGUCGCUGGAGAAGGCGGACAUGUGCGUCCUCAACCCGCUUUAUGGUUCUGAUCUGCAGUACACCAACCGGGUGGAUAAAGUUGUUAUUAACCCGUAUUUUGGCCUCGGGGCGCCCGACUACUCCAAGAUCCAGAUCCCCAAGAGGGAGAAGUGGCAACACGGUCCUAACAGUGUGGCAGAAGACAAGGAGCGUCAGUGGGUGGACGACUUCCCCCUCCACCGCAGCUCCUGUGAAGGAGACACCGAGCUGCUGUCUAAGCUCCUGGACAGCGGUUUAUCAGUGAAGCAGCUGGACAGCGACCACUGGGCUCCCAUCCACUACGCCUGCUGGCACGGAAAAGUCGAGGCAACCAAACUGUUACUUGAGAAAGGUAACUGUAAUCCCAACCUGCUGAACGGCCAGCUCAGCUCCCCUCUGCACUUUGCAGCCAGAGGAGGCCACGUCGAGAUUGUGCAACUCUUGCUGCAGCACCCCGAGAUUGACCGGCAUAUUGAGGACCAGCAGAAGAGGUCCCCCCUUCAGCUGUGCGAGGAGAACAAACAGAACGAAUGGGAGGAGACGGUGAAACUUCUGCAGAAAUGCAGCAACAAACCCUAUGAGAAGGUGCGUAUCUACCGCAUGGACGGCUCGUAUCGCUCCGUGGAGCUGAAGCACGGCAACAACACGACGGUGCAGCAGAUCAUGGAAGGCAUGCGUCUUUCACAGGACACCCAGCAGUACUUUACCAUCUGGAUCUGCUCAGAGAACCUCCACCUGCAGCUGAAGCCGUACCACAAGCCCCUGCAGCACCUGCGGAUCUGGACAGAGAUUGUGACGGACCUGACGCUGCUGGAUCCUCAAAGGGAAACUUCUCAACUCUUCCUCCGCCGGGACGUCUGGCUGCCUCUCGACGUUGAGAAAAAGGUGGAGGACCCUCUCGCCAUCCUCAUUCUGUUCGACGAGGCCCGUCACUGCCUCCUGAAGGGCUUCUUUCCUGCUCCGGACACCAAGCUGAUCACUCUGGCCAGCCUCCUCCUGCAGAUCAUAUACGGCAGCUACGAGAGCAAGAAGCACAAGCAAGGGUUCCUCAACGAGGAAAACCUGAAGUCAAUUGUGCCGAUUUCCAAAGUGAAAAGUAAAGCUUACCACUGGACCAACAGGAUUCUGCAUGAAUACAAAGCCCUGAGCACCAGCGAGGGGGUGAGUAAAGAGAUGCACCACCUGCAGCGACUCUUCCUGCAGAACUGCUGGGACAUCCCGACCUACGGCGCGGCCUUCUUCACGGGUCAGGUCUACACCAAGGCCAGCGCCAGCAACCAUAAGGUCAUCCGCGUCUACGUCGGGGUCAACACAAAGGGGCUGCACCUUAUGAACAUGGAGACCAAGGUCCCUCUGAUCAGUUUAGAAUACGGCACGUUCAUGUGGCAGCUCGGGCACGCCGACCAGUACUUCCAGAUACACAGUGGUGACAACAAAAUGAACUUCAUUGUGCACACAAAGCAGGCGGGCCUUAUUGUGAAGCUCUUGAUGAAGCUGAGUGGACAGAUGACACCAAAUGAUAAAAGCAUAAUGGACAAAUAUGCUUAUGGCUGAAAACCUGCUGCAGUGGAUCCCGUGGAGGCUCCUCCUACUGACCCACCUGACUGCAGGACUCAAGACAAAGAGCAAAGUCACCUCACAAGUGCCUUAUUUUGUAUAUUCGGCUUACUGAUAUCUUUUGCAACCUCACAUUGUGUAUUUUGACAGGUCAUAUAUUUUGAGUGCAUGUAAAUAUGUUUAUUUAAUGUUGCUUUAAUAAACAUGUAUAAAUAAGG